CCGACGGAUAUAUGCUUCUGUAAUUUCAUCCACAUGGAGAAGCCAAACUCUUCAAAGACGCCUCAGUCGGCCUCGAAGGCAGAGGCGAAAACUUCUCUGUCGAAACGCAAGUUGUUCGGAGCGGCCGGCAGCUCUACGCCGGCCGACGAGGACAAGCGAAGCACGCCGAAGCGAAGGAAGAGUGGGGGCGAGGCCGGUGCAUCAGCGGCGCCCCCUACGACAAAGUCCACACCCUCCCGUCUUUCAGUUCCCCUAUCAGAGCGCCAGCAGAUGGCGCUGCUGAUGCAGAUGACCGCCGAGAGCUCUACGUCUGAAUCCCCGAAGCCUUCGCCGCAGACGACGCCGUCCGGACGGAAGCCAUCCUCGUCCUCUGCAGCUUCCUCAUCCUCCGGGAGCGCGUACCGCAAAGCGAACAAGCGCAACGAGCGCGGGGAGGCGCCGCUCCACCUGGCGGCGAUACGCGGCGACGGCAAGCAGUGUCGCAAGCUGAUCAAGGCGGGCGCGGACGUGAACGCGCGAGACUUCGCCGGAUGGUCGGCGCUACACGAGGCGUGCAACCACGGCUGGUUCGACGUCGCGAAGAUACUCCUCCGCGCCGGCGCGAACGCUAACUCGGCGGGCGGCGACGACGACACGCCGCUGCACGACGCGGCGAUGAACGGACACCGUCGCCUGGUGGCCGUGUUGAUCCGGCACGGCGCCGACGCGAUGCAGCACAACGCGCACGGCAAGACGCCGAUUGACGUCGCAGCGUCGUCCGAGAUCGUCGCCUGCCUGCGUCGCGAGGUCGCGUCGUCUAGCAGCGACGAUUACAGUGCCGACGACGCGUCACUGACGCCGUCCGAAAGCUCUGACGCCGAGACGGAGAAGGAGAUGACCCCCGACCCCGGUACAUACGUGUUUGUGCGAUGUCCCCCGAUACGUGUGUGUGUGUGCGCGUGCGUGCGUGCGUAGGUGCGUGCGUGAAAUUUCCCCCCUCGAGUCGGGUAUGUAUGGAAUGUUAACAGUAUGCAAGGCUCGACACUAACUUUUCAUUGAUUUUCAAUUUUUGGUGGCCCGAAAAUGA